CCGCUAGUGCAGUUCAACAAAACAGUGACGACAAGCAACUCUCAUUCAUAUACUAACAAAUUGCAAAGAGCGAAGCUACUACGAUUUAUUACAUCCUACGUGUGAAAUGCUGAUUACAGUCGUUUGGUUUCAAUAGACAGUUGUUUGGCUGCUGCUCGGCCGUGGGCUCUCGAUCGUUAGACAAUCUUACCAAUGGUGCCUGCUCCAAGUGUAGCGAGUAGUGGAGCAAGCGGCAUGUCCGCAAACCUCCCCAAAAUUCGGGAGGAGAAAGAGGGAGAUAAUAACGACGAGAGCGAAGUAGCCCAGAAGCCCGGGCUCGAGGGCGCGGUCUUCGGCGUACUCUUCACGCUGAGCCAGGAGAAGAACACUCAAGACAUCUUUUACCACUGGGUAAUCUUGAAGAUCCUGCUGGACGUGUGGCAGGUCUACACCCAGAUCCUCACGCCCCAGUAUGGCUGGGACAUCAACCCCGACUCAAUGCUAUGGAAGGGCGUCUCCGUCCUCUCCUUUGGAUGGCUUGCGGACAUCGGGUACGGCUGGUACGUCGGCCUGCUGUACACGUUGGCGACCCUGCUGGGCCUCAACCUGGCCCUGUGCGGCUGGGUGGCGGUGUGCUUCCGGAACCAGAAGUUCGACUACGUGUGGCCCAUCAAGGUGGUCCGCGGCUUCAGCUACGUGUUCCUGCAGGUGUUCGACAUCACCUCGCUCAACUUCCUGCAGCUAGGCAUCAGCUGCAAUUACACCGCCCCGGCUGACAGCGGGAUGCGCCUCAAGAUGCAGCUGUUCCCACAGUACAGCUGCUCGGCGCUGCCCCAGCUGGCCCAGGCUGUGGCUUCGGGCGUUUUGCUGGGGGUGUUCGUGGCGGUGGCCAUGCUGGUCAACAUGAGCGAGGUGGAGGUCAACCCCACCAGCAAGUCCCCGCAGGCGCUGGGCCACAGCGGCGCCGAGGUCACCGCCUUCUUCAUCAAGGUCCUCAUGACGCUGGUCAGCACCUUCAUCGGCGGCUGGCCCAAGGUCGCCUCCGCCGCCUACCUGCUCCUGGCCUUCUGGCUAGCCUGGUGCAACCUCCGUUGGGUGCCACACAUGGUGGGCUGGGUGGGCGACCUCAAGUCGGGCUGCGCGGUGGCCAUGGUGGGCGUGGCGGCGCUGCAGGUGGCAGUGGUUGCUCUGCCCGACUCCGCCAUCGACGCCCGCCACACGCUCACCCUGGUCAUGGGCAUCGGCCUGGCUCCGCUGUUCGUGGCGGGCUCACUCCUCAGCUGGUGGAGGCGGGCCUGGUUCACGUCGGCGGCGCUCAAGGCCUUCAGGACCACCGACCCUGUGAAGGUCAAGCCCCAGGACAUCUUUGGAUUCUGGGACGCACGUGACGUGGAGAUCGCCGCCCGCUCCUGCCGCGUGUGGGCGGACCGGUACCAGCUGGACAAGGCGGCGGUGACGCGCGCGCAGGAGCUGAUCAAGGCCGGCGUGGCGCGCUUCCCCGGCAGCUCCUACGUCAAUCUGGUGUAUGCAAACUUUCUGCUGGAUGUGCUGGGCUUCAGCCAGACAGGUGGCAAGCAGCUCGAGGCCGCCCGCAAGCUGGACCCGGGCCCCGUGUGUCGCUUCAUGCUCUUCGUGCGGCAACAGCAGGCCACCCAGAAGGCCGCGAGCAGCACCGUGGGCAAGGGCGGCAGCAUGGAUCUGCUGGGCUAUGUGGAGUACCAGCGCAAGCAGCGCAUGGUGCUGCGCCACCACAAGGACGCCCUGCAGGCCAUGGCCAACUUCUGGCGCAUCCUGGGCUACUCGAGCAGCGUGUCUUUCCGCUCGCUCAGCCGCUCACUGGAGGAGAUCGACACCAGUGUGAAGCAGGCUGAGAUGGCGUACCGCGCCGUACUGGAGAUGUACGGCAACAGCCCGCGCCUGGUGCGGCUGUAUGCCCGGUUCCUGGAGACCGUCAAGCAGGACCCCUGGGGUGCGGCCGAGUACUCGGCACACGCCGACCGCAUCGAGCAGAACCGGGACGCGGACGGCGACGGCCCCACGCUGCCCGACGGCACGCCCAUCGGCCGCAUGGACGAGGUGGACAAGGGCGUGCUGGUAGUGAACGCGUUCGGCGACAUCCAGAUGGUCAACAAGAAGCUGAUGUCCAUGUUCGGCUACCGCAAGGGCGACCUGGACGGCAAGAACGUGACGGUGCUGAUGGCGGGCCACGACGCCAAGCGCCACCCGGGCCUGCUGCGCCGUUACAUUGACAGCGGACAACAGGCACCGCCCGUCUUCAGGCGGCCGGUGCUGGGCAUGCACCGCGAGCGGGUGGCCAUCCCCGUGCAGCUGGACGUCAGCCGUGCCUCGGGCAUGGGCGAGGACAGCGUGUUCAUAGCGCUACUGGAGGCGGCGCCGCAGGAGCCUGGCGUGGGCCGGCUGUGGGCCACACCCGAGGGCCUCAUCGUGUGCUGCGACGCCGGCUUCGUCACCUGCUUCGGGUUGUUCCCCACCGACGUGGUUGGAACUCAGCUGCGCUCGCUGCUGCGUGCCCAUGCCUCCAGCGCCGCCGCAGCCGCCGCCUCGCGCGCAGCCGGCCAGGGCGGCGAGGAGGACGGCUGGAGCGCCAGCAAGGCCCUGAGUGACGCACAGAAACUGGUGCAGCGGCUUAUUUCUGAGGCCGAGGCUGACAGGCCUACGUCGGCCGACGGCAGUCGCCACGGCGCCCCGGGCUCCCCCGGCGGCGCAUCUGACGGCGGCACAACCGCUAGAACUGAUAACCAUUGCUUUGUACGGCACAAGUACGACGAGGCCCGGGAGGUGUGCGUCACCGUCACCAUGGACCCUUCCCGCACCAUCCUGGAGUUUGUGCUUCGCCUGGUGUCCACCGAGCCCCAGCUGCUGAUGGUGGUGGAGAAGCGCGGAGGCAUCAAGCACAUGAGCGGAGACUUGGCCAAGCUGCUUGGGGCUUCUGCUGGUGCCGACGAGGCUGCUAUCGGCGGUGGCGGCAUGGGCGGCGGUGUUCUUGAAGGCCUGGGCGCCGCCGCUGAGAGCGCCGCGCUUCGCAACUUGGACGACUUCCUGCCCGCGCCCUGGCGCUACCUGCACUCCCGCCACCUGGCCAAGGCCAUCGGAACCGGCGUCCCCGCAUCGGCCAUCGUCCAGAUGGGCGGUGGAGCCCCAGGUGCCGCUGGCGCCGGAGCCGCCGCGAACAACGGUGCGCCCGCCCUUCUGUCCGGCAUGUGGGGCUGCCACGGCGGCCGCACGGCUGGUGUAGACGAUGGCAGCCCUGCCGCUGGCGGGCGCCUGUUCCGCCCCACGAUGCGCCUGGUCGGGCUGCACGGCCGCCCCGUGUUCGUGCGUGUGGCGGUGCACUCGAGGGAGGAGGGCGGCGAACCGCUGCACGUGGUGCGCAUGGCCAGGUCCUCUCUUGACACCGCCAUUGCUGAGCGCCGUGUGCGCGUGCGGGUCUCGGAGGCCGGCACAGUCAUUGACGAGGCCGAGGCAGCCGCUGCUGCAGCCAAACUAGAUAUGGGGCCUGACGUUGCGGCGGACGCAGACGAGGGCGCGGCUGUGAUUGUCGAGAGGCCCACCACCGCGGCUGCAGCUGCGCAGGCGAUGGGUGAGGAGUUGGAGGCCCUGUUCGGCUUCACCAAGGAGGAGCUUGCGGGGUACCACCUUUGGGACUUCAUCACGCUUCAGCCCUGCCCCGAGUCCGAGCUGCUGCUGGCGACUGCUGGCGCCACCUCCGGCGCUGGUGCCGCAGCCGCCACUGCUACAACGCCCCGCGCCGGUGCUGUUCGCCGCGCCGGUGCGGUCACCUCCACCACCAUGGGGGCUGCCGCGACUGGUGCCGGCGCCCUGAACCGCGCAGUCCGCCACCGCCUAGGCAACAGCACGGGCGUUGUAGGCGCCACCAGCGCCAAGGCGGCGGCCGACUCGGACGCCACUGAUACUGGAGGUGCCGAUGGCGCUGUCGGCGGAGACCUGCUGGAGGAGGCUGCGUCGGUUGUGUACGGCGAGGUGGGCGGCGCCACCGCAGAGGAGGACGCCGCCGCUGCUGCUGCUGCAGUCGCUGACCUGGCAGCAGCGGCCACGGACGCCGCCGCGAACGGUGACGCCAAUCCGUUCGCCAGCGGCCCUGGCUACUACGGCGCUGGGCCCCCAGUGGAGUUCAACCUGCGCACCUUUGAUGCCAUGAUCACCAUGGCGCUGCAGUACCCCGGCUUGUCUUGGCGCGUGGCUGUGGUGUCGCCGGCCGCGGUGGCUGAGGCGGAGGCCAUGGGCAACGCCUCACGUGCCGCCGCGCACCUGGCGCGCAACACACGUCAGGCCGUGUUGAGGUUGGAUGUGGCGGUGCCCCGCGUGCGGGUGCGUCCGCGUGGCGGCUCCGGCUCCCCCAGUGGCGGCAUGUCCUCCCCUCGGGCCCAGCAGCAGCUGAACCCCGCCCUGGCGCCUGGCCGCCUGGUGGUGCAUGUGGAGCUGUGGGCGGCGGAGAGCCUCACCGGUGUGCUUGAGCUGGACCCUCGCGGCCGAGUGGCAGGCCUGGCGGAGGAGGGCGGCGUGCGGCCUGCGGGGCUGAUCUUCGGCCAGCCCUCUGCUUCCUUCCUGGGCUCAGAGCUGUCCCAGAUUGUUUCCAUGCCGGCCGGCUACACGCCCAUGACACUGCUGACUGGCGACGUGGGCGGCAAUGCCGCAAAGAAGAGUGCGCUUAAGGCAACCAAACAGCAGCAGGCGGCCGCGGACAAGGAGGCCGCUGUCAAGGUGGGCCCGGUGCACUACCUGCCCGGCUGGCACCGUGACGGCCGGCCCCUGCUGCUGGCCGUGCAAAUGGUUGGCAAGCCGCUGCCGCCCGGCGGCGCACAGCCGGCGAGUGGAACCGCCGGAGCUGCAGUGGCCGCCGCAGCUGGCACCGUGACCGCCAUUAUCCGCCUUGCGCCCGCGGGCGCCCAGCCCUCAGUGCUACCGCCCAUGAUGGGGGCAGCGGCGACUGCGGGCGCCAACGCACUUGCAGCCGGGGAGCCGAGCGCCCGCUCCCUGGGAGGUACCAGGCGCCGCGCCUCAGUCAUUGCGUUGCCGCCACCCGCGGCGGCGCCGGUGUCAUGGACUCCCAUCAUGGGCCCUGGAGGCUCCGGCAAUGGUAGUGUUCAGCAGAUGCACCUGGCGAAGGACUUGUCGCGCAUGGGCCGAGAGGCCACCGACGCCGAAGCCAUCGCAAGCGCAGCGGAAGGCCAUGCGGCCGCCGUCAUCAGCAGCCUCAGCGCCCCGGCGGUGUCGCCUCUCGAUCCGGCGGCAGUGGGCGUGGCGGCCGCUAUGCCACUUCCGCCUCCGCCUCUGGCGUUGGCGAUGGCCAUGCCGUCGCCUGGCAUCACCAUGCGUGGUUCGGGCGCUGGCGCCGUGGGCGGCACCAGCUCGAGGCUGGCGGCGCGGAGCAGCAAGGCGCGCGAGGGCGCUCCUGGCGAAGCUUUAGUUCCCGGCAGUGGCGUGGACUCGGCAGGUGUAGUGGAUUCGGCUGUGGAUGUAGAGCGCCGCGCACACGGCGGCAGCGGCGGUGCCGAUGGUGGGGCACUGAGCCCGCCUCGGUCCCCGGCAUCAUUGCCGGGAGUGGUGCUUGGUGGCGCCGGCGGCGACGGCAAUAUUGACGCUCGGCCAAGCGUCGCCAGUCUUGUGCACGGCGCCGCGGCAGCAAAGGAGGCACAGGGCAGCGAUGCAAUGCUCAAGAAGCAGCCCUCAAACAAGAUAUCCAAGUGGGUUGCAACCAAUGGAGAGUUCUACCAAAAUACAGUGAGGUCGGCUGCUGGCAUUGGCGGCGUUGCGGAGGAGGAUGACGAGGAGGACAGUAGUGACGGCGGCGAUGGUAGCAGCGCUGGCGCCAGCGGCUCGGCCGGCGGUGACGGCAGCAACCACCGUGGCAGCGGUGAUGGCGCCGCGUCGCGCCGUUCUGCCAGGCCGCCGGGCAGCAACGAGCCGGCAGCAGCGGCGCGGCUCGAGCUGGCGGGGUCCAGCGGCGGCGCAGAAGACGAAGGCAAGGGCGGCAAGGGCGCCGGCGCGCGCCAGGGCAUGAGUAUGGUGGUGGACAACAGCGACAACAGGAGCGACGGUGGUGAAAGUGCCACAUCCGGCGUGUCGGGCACGUCGGGUCUGUCUGACGGUGACGGCACCGGAGACUUCAAGCGGGGCAAGCGGUACAAGAAGCUCAUCAAGCUCAUCGACUCGCCUGACAGCAAGAAGAGGCUGCGCAAGUUCAAGAUGCUGGUCGCGGCAGUAAUUUUCACAUGCAUGGCAGUGCACGUGCUGUGCUUCGCCCUCAUCAUGGACGCAAUCCACUGGCAGAACGAUGCCCUCGUGACCCUCACCAACAUGGGCGACGGCCAACGCGACCUGCAAAAGGUUGCGGUGUUCAUGCGGGCUCUGGACCAAGCCUACAGGGGCAAGGGCUCCAACAACACAUACACAGAGGCAAACGCACCGUUCUUUGCGAGCGAGAUGUACCGCUACCUCAACCAAUACAACGAUAUGAACAACGGUAUCCUGCUCAACAGCCGGCACCAGUCCAUCACGCUGCUCUUCUACACCGACCAGCUGACUGUGUGGGUCGGCAACAACAGCUUCACUGGCGAGGAGGUGUUUACCAAUGUCACCACCUGGGACCUGCUGACACGUCUAAUGGUGGCGGGCCUCACCGUGUACCAGAAGCAUGAGGAGUGGCACGCUCAGAAGAUAUACCCGGCCGACACGUUUGAGGGACAGUUCGUGUUCCGAAGCGCACAGCAGCUCGCCAAGGGCUCGCAGUCCGUGUGGGUAGCACUGCAGGAUCAUGCCCAGGGCCACACCCAGCGCGUCAACAACCUCCAGCUCAUCUUCCUGGUCAUUGAGGGCUUUCUGGUGUCCAGCUGCACGGCGGCGUGCCUCAUCUAUUUGCUGCGCAUGGCGAGCGAGCAGCGCUACAAGCUGUACGACACGUUCCUUGCCAUCCCCAUCGGCCUGACGCGCGCGCUGGCCUCUCAGACCACCCACCUGCUGGACGAUGACGAGUCGGAUGAUGAAGAGGACGAGGAUGGAGCUGCUGCGGCAGCAGCCAGCAAGGCGGCUGAGCUUGCUGCUGGUGACGAGCACGCCAGUGUAGACGGUGACGCUGCGGGCGGUGGGGGCGCUGCCGCCCCCAAGCGUCGUGCCAAUUUCGACAACGCUGGUCACGGCGGCUCCGGCGGUCGCCGCAGCGGUACCGGUGACUUGGCAGCAGAUCAUCCCGGCAGCAAUAAUGGAGGGGGCAAGGGCAGCAGCGUAAAAGGUGCCAAGCGCAAAGGUGGCGGCCGCGAUGCAGCUGCUGCGGCCGGGGAAGGCAACGGCGCGUCAGGCCCGCUGCUGCGCAUGCAGUCGAGCAUGCGCGACUCUGGCGCCGGCAACGGUGGCGCAAGCAGCUGGCUCAGCACCCUCAAGGCGAAGAUACUGGGUCGCUCCAACGCGGUUCGUGACAGCUCGGCCCCGGCGAAGCGCUCGCUGGAGCGCAAUAGCCGCGUGUCCAUCGCCAUGCUGGCCAUCGCCAUCACCUACUCUAUCCUCAUCAUCACCUUCUACUCGGUUGGCUAUAUCGUCACUCUCACCACCGCGCAGAAUGUGGCCAUGGUGGCUGUCGCGCAGCGCAACAUGGAGCGAGUCUGUGAGGGCGUCUUCUUUUCACAGGAGCUUCUUGCCCAGGAGGACCCGCUACUCGUCUAUCGCUACAUAGACGAGCUUCGGAGCAUCAGUGUGGGUCUGCGUGACGCCUACUACACGAUGCGUAUGGGCAUCGACGCUGACCGCGUGGCUGGCCCCGACAUCGAGAGGUUCCCGGGCGUGGUGAGCCACGGCUUGGCCAAGGAGAGCCCCGAGCAGUUCGACAUCUUUUUCGGCACCGGCGACUGCCAGCGACUGAAUAAGCCAUGCGAGGGGCCCGAGUACCGCUAUCACGAGGUGACGCACGCAGGUGUCGAGGCAAUCAUUUUCCAGGUGGUGCUGUCGUUGAAGUCUCUUGCCGACAAAGCCGAGGGGGCGGAGCAGCGGGCCAUUGCCGCUGUAUCGCACUCUACCGGGGUGCCCAUACCAACCAUCCUCGCUGAGGUGGAAGCCGGUCAAACUACUUCAGUGUUGGCCGCGAUCGCUGCCGCCAACGCCACAUCCGUGGCUGCUGGCGGUCCCCCGGUGCUGCUACCGACAAUGGCCGAGAUGGACAUGCCCGGACACGACAACCAAGAAUGGGACUUCAUUUGGAACGCAGGCUUGCAAGACGGUGUAGAUGGCAUCCGCCGAAUCACAGAUCUGGAGAUCUCGUACAUUGAGGCCAAUUUCCAACAGGUCGUCGUCAUGCACGUGGUACUAUUCGUGCUGCUGGUGCUGGUGUUUGCCGUGUUUGUGUUCGGCCUGCUGAUGCCCAUGCUUAAGCGCAUGCAUAAGGAGAAACGGCGCAUCACGGAGAUGCUCAGCCAGCUGCCCACUGAGGUGGAUGUCAUGAAGCUCAUCACGCUCGUGAUUAUGGGCUCCAGCCCCAUCACCAACGACAAGAGCGUUAAGGGCGUUGCUGAGGGCGGCAAGAGCAUGCGCCACAGCUCGGCAGUCCUCGGCAUGGCUGCUGCCAAUGGCGGCGCCGUCUCCAAUGGCAAUGGCAGCGGCGUGCCGACGCAGCGGCUAGGCACGGUGGAACCGCCUGCCGGUGGUGUUGGUGGUGGCGCUGCGGGUGAUGGCGACGACAGGAGCACCGCGGACAGCAAGGCGUGGAAGGGGCUCCUGGCACGUGCCACCAGUGUCAAGGGCGGCGGCUCGUUUGCCAACUCCAAGCGGGCGUGAGCUAGGAGCAACGCCUGAACCGCAAAUGCAAUCUGCUAGUAAUAACCUGUGAUUGCAGUUGAUUCUUUCUCACGUGGAGGCUUCAGAUCACUUGUGAAAACUGCAUGCAUCUUUUAGGCACAACAUGUUGAUCCACGCAUGGUCGAAGCCUAUGAGAUUCCGAAGAGGGGUUGUUGACGCGCACCACCGCAUGUGCCAUGCGCCCAUGUCGGGUGUUGGCACGAAAUGAUAAGGUCCUGUGUGAGUGUGUUGAUGCGUCCUUACUUUGUGGCCACUAUCUGCACGUGCAAUGCGGCAUAGUGUCUCACUAUGUGCUAGUUGCUUUGCUAUCAGGCGCCUCCGGACUCAGAACAGUUAGUGGGGCGGCAUGGACUAUGACGCCAUGUAAUGCUCAUGCUCACCAUAUGCUGUAUUGCAGUUAACGCCUUGAAGGUUCCCAUUCCUACCGCUCUGUAGUCGAGGACCCGAGUCCAUGGCACGCUGCAAGCGUACAUGCUGACAAUCAUGCAUAGCUGCGUAGGUUAAGCCCUGCAUGGCCGCGCCCCGGGAGUGUAAUGCUCCUGGCGU